UACAGCCUGUCAAGCAAACGACAAAUUAGUAGCGGCUCCUCGUUGCUUGUAGUUGGCAGACGGUGAAAGCGACCAUAAUUAUCUGUUCCAUUCAUGUUCAACAUUUUUAAAGGAAAGUCUUUAGGCGUGAUGCUUAAAGUCAAACGGAUACAAUUGUAAUGUAUCGACGUAAUGUGAAUUCCAUGAUUGGACUUCAAUUUGUGUCAAUGUCAGAACUGAAAGAGAUCUAGAAAAUCUAUUCUCUUACACAUUGUUUGUUACUCAACUUGGACAUGAACCUAUCCGUGAAGAGAAUUUACUGCUUCUAGUGUAUUUCUAGAUGACUGUGGAUAGAAAAUCUUUUAUUGAAAAUAAGUAUUAAAAAAAAUCGCUAAAUUUUGAAACGUCUAGAUUUUUAUCUUUAUGUAGGCAAGUGAUUUUUUUAAAACGAAUAAAACAAAAAAACUUUAACAAUAAUUCAAACAUCACAAGUGACGGGACAAUUGUGCUAGUAGUUUUUUUUUUAGUUUAAUCUAAGCGCAAGUGACUUAGUCAUUCGUAGGCUACUGCCUACUAUUGGAACUUCUUUUUCAAAUGACUAUUUCUUUGUUAUAGUUGAGAUGUGCUGGGGAUGUACAGUUUUAACAAGGAAAUAAAAUCUAUGACUCCUACACUAAUUGUAAAGUGGAUGUGAGAUUCACUGGUUGUGAGAAUCUUCUUGUUCACCAUUUCCUUCAAUGUAUCCUGUGACCAGCAUGUCGUCACUGAAGACUGUUUUCACUCACCUGUUGUUGUGGACGUAUUUAGCUCACGAAGCACGAGGCUCGGACACUGCCCACUGCUCGUCUAUAUUUCAUGUUUGGCAACCUGGACAAGACGCACAACAAAUGAUCCGAGACGUGUAUCACAAAGUGGACAAUUGGACAGCAAUGACCAAGUUUGAGAUUGCUGAAAUGAAGAUGAGAUUGGUAGAAGAGUCCAAUCGAAUCAGCAACUGGACCUACUCAGUGGACAAACGUGUCUUCCAAAUACAAAUGAAUGAAAUGGAUGACGAGCUACAACAGAUGAAAUAUUCGGAGACUACAGCCAAGUUACACUUGCUACUGGAACAAAUGGAUAGACGAGUUAAUGACCUUGAGAGGUGGAUGUACAAUGUGAGGAACAAGCUACGCAGUAGCAGAAGUAGCAACGUCGGCAGCAGUUCAGUGUCUGGUGAGGACAGUUUCAUGAAUCUACCCCAACAGCAAGGAAUCUCAACGGACUUGGGUACAAUGCUUAAAAACAGUGUGGGUGACUUAAAGGCUGAAUGGCUCUUGUUAAAACGCGACGUUGAGGCAGUGAAGAAAGAGAGUCUACUGUGUGCCGAGUGUCACAAGGGUCGUUCCAACGACACUUCUCAGCUGAGCCUGGCCUUGAAUCAAACUAGGAACCAGACGAGAGAAGUGGAGAAUAAGUUGUAUGAUGUGAUUGAGAAACAAGUUCGACUUGAACAAAAACUGAACAAACUCGUUGGCGAUAGUGAACAUAUGAAGUUUCAACUUGAACAACAGAAGAUGGAUUACAGACAUCAGGAGACUAGUGUGACGUCACUUUUUAUCACAACCACUGCCCUUCAAAAAGAAUUAAAGGAAGUGGCACUCAAAAUGGAAACUUUUCCAAACGGCAACCUUGACCUCACGAGAGAUACUCGCGAAGAACUUCUCCUUCCCAAACACGAUGACGUUAUUCCAAUUGACAACUCAGUCAAUGACGUGAUAGACAGAGCUCGGGAUUGUCAUGACAUUUACAGAUCUGGCUAUCGAGUCAGUGCACUGUAUGAAAUCUGGCCUGAGAAAAGUCGCUCCAUGAUCCCAGUGUACUGCCAGAUGAUCAACAACACAGGAUACACAGUCAUUCAAAGGCGUAUCGAUGGUUCGGUCAACUUCAAUAGACGUUGGUCAGAAUACAAAUAUGGCUUUGGCAAUCCCUACGGUGAAUUUUGGGCUGGUAAUGAGCUCAUUCAUCUACUGACCAAGCAGAGAUCGUAUACGCUUCGUGUGGAUUUCUGGACUUGGGAAGGAACAAAAUUCUAUGCAGAAUAUCAAAGAUUUUAUGUUGAAGGUGAGAAAGACAAUUAUAAACUUUUGGUUGGAGAGUACACUGGCGAUGCUGGAGAUUCAUUGGUCUAUCAUGAUAAAAUGGCUUUCAGUACUGAAGACGUGGAUAAUGAUUUACAUGAGAGACAUUGUGCAGCUGAGAAUAAGGGUGGCUGGUGGUACAACAGUUGUUUCUACAGUCAACUGAAUGGAGUCUAUCACACAGCCUGGUACUCACAGGGACAGUCUCACUAUGCUGAUGGUAUAGUCUGGUACACUCUCAAAGACAGUGAGUUCUACUCUCUCAAGAAAGUAGAGAUGAAAAUCAAGCUAAAUGACAGAGAACUCAAUGAAAGAAUCUGAGCAAAGUGGCAAGACCUUGACCUUCUGAUGUGUGCAAUUGGCUAAUGCCAAGGGUCUUGAAAUGAUCUUUUAUUGAUCAACUUUUAAAACCAAGUGACUUAAAACUAAGUAGUGUGUUGAGCUCAACAGCAAAGUUUUCUCAUUGUAUAAAGUUUGAAUCAAACAUUUUAGCAAUAAGAAAGUAUUAAAAUAAAAUGUAUGAACAGAUAUAGAAAACUUAACAUUUUAGAAAUGAAAAUUUUUAUACAGUAACCCAAAAUGAAGUAACUGUAGUGGCUGAGUAGAAUUUUUUCAGCAUACAUACACUCACCCCAUCAGUUAGAGGACUGAUACAGCUCAUCAGGAUGAAAAAGUGGGACUGUUAUACAAAUAAUUAUUUUGUAAUUAAUAAUCAAGGCUGAAAGUGUGUACAUGAUGUAUGGUAAGUGUUUGAUUUAUUUAAACAAUCCAAAACAUAACUAGUGUUGACUGUACAACAAUUUAUUUGUUUCAAAGACAUUUAAACAAUCAUAGAGAUCAAAAUGUUUCUUUAGUUUUAAUGGGAACAGAUAUCAAAUAGAAGAAAUACUUUUUCACAAAUCAAGGAAAAUUGAUAAACUUAACAGAUAAAACUUACAAUCCAAUAUAAAGUACUAGCAAUGAAAGAUAAAAAGUUGAACAAAUAUGUAAGCUUUUGCUUUUUCAUUAAAACAAUGUAAACAGAUUUAAAACAAGCUGUCCACAGCAAUAUUAAAUUUUAUAAAGUUGAUUUUUUUUUUUUCUAAAACAAUCUUUAUAACAGAAACUUAUCGAAACUUUUUAAAUAGAAACUCUUUGUAGCAGACAAUAAAUAGACAACUAAAUCAAACCAUUUUAAUCACAGGAAAAAUUCUGUGUUGGGAAAAGUCAAAUUCAGGAGGCACCUAAAAAGAAACAAAAUAAAUGAAUGACAUUUGGGCCCAUGAACAAUCAAAGGAAAUAAGGAAGAAAACAGCAGCAACAAAAUGUGAACUAAAAAAACAAGAAGAUAAAACAUCACCCAAUCUCUGAAGUCUACAAUAGAUUUACAUAUCCAAGCAUUACAUAGAUAAACAAAUCCAACUAUUUAGCCUAACAGUGGUACAUAAAUCCAACCCUCUAGCUUUACAUAGAUACACAAAUCCAACCCUGUAGCCUUCCAGAGAUAAACAAAUCCAAUCAUGUAGUCUAACAGGAAAAAAAAGUUGUUAACCCUAUAGACUGACAUAGAUAUAACAAAUUUACAAACAAACUCCAUAGCCUACCAUAGAGUUCUCCUUAUGACCACCAACUGCAAGCUUCAUCACAACAAAAUUGAUUUUUGCUAUUUUUAUGACUGUCUGAAUCUAUAAUUAACAUUUGAAAAUAACAUCAAUCUAUUAAAUCUCAGAAAUUACACAUUGAUUAAAAAGAAGAAAAAUAAGAAGAAAAAGAAUAUUUUGUGUAAAAUCAAAUUCUAUAGAAAAGUUAGUAUUUAUUUGUAGUUAAUCUUGAAACCACUUAAGAAAAACAAAUUAACUCAUACACUCACCUCAUCAGUAAGAGGACUGAUACACUCACCUCAUCAGUAAGAGGACUGAUACACUCACCUCAUCACUUAGAGGACUGAUACACUCACCUCAUCAGUUAGAGGACUGAUACACUCACCUCAGCAGUUAGAGAACUGAUACACUCACCUUAUCAGUUAGAGGACUGAUACACUCACCUUAUCAGUUAAAGGACUGAUACACUCACCUCAUCAGUUAGAGGACUGAUACUCUCACCUCAUCAGUUAGAGGACUGAUACACUCACCUCAUCAGUUAGAGGAUUGAUACACUCACCUCAUCAGUUAGAGGACUGAUACACUCACCUCAUCAGUUAGAGGACUGAUUGUCUCUAGCAGAUCCUUUGCUUGACAGAAACAUUUGCAUGCUGAGCUAAACAUUUCCACUGUACUGGGUUGGGGAUCAUAGCGUCGGAGGUCUGACAUUUCCUAAUAUAUCAAAACAAACAUGUGUACUUUUCAAAACCAGCCAAUUUAGUUUGCUUAUAAUAUUGAACCUAUUUCUAAUGAAGAGAAUGAUUAGACAAGCUCACUUACUUUGACUCAGGCCUACUGACUUUGUUGACUUUAAUUAAACCCAACUUUAAACAAAAAUAAUCAAAUAUAAUAUACAAACUAAUUUGAAUAAAAACAACAAAAAAUCUAGGCUUACUUUAUACUGAGCAUAAUGAACCAUUGGUGGUGUCAAUACAUUACUAAAUGGUGCAAAUCUAUGAGCAUAUCGAACUUCUUCACUGUCAAAUCUAAACUCAGGAAUCUUCAGUUUUCCACAAAGCUGGAAUCCAAUUACAGCCUAAAAAUAAGUUUAAUACAUUAAGUGGAAAGAUCUAAUGAUAUUUAUACAUGAUAAGUAACAAUUUGUAUAGACUAUGUUUUAGGCCAUGCUACUUUAGAUAGACAUCUCACAGCAAACAAAAAUCUUUCUAUAUAUUAUCUAACAAUCAGGUAACUAUGUCUUCAAGGAAUUUAGAAAAAAAAGAAAAACUGUUAAAAACACUUGCUAUGUUGAUUUUUUCUGUGUUUAUGCAUCUAGACCUGCAAACUAUAAUAAAUGCAGGUAUAAAUAAAUUUAGCUAUAAAAAGUGAUAUGUUUAUUUCCUUUCAAGACAGAGCUUGCCCAAUGGCAAAUUAAACUUACAUGUUUGAGUGGAAAAUGAUAGUAUUAUGCUAUCAGUGCAACUUACUUUCAGACAGCUUUUAAAUCUUAAAUGACAAGCAGAGAUCAUAAAAUGUCAGCUUUAGGGAUUUAACUUGGGCUUUUCAUCUUAUCACAUUAACACUCAGCUACCAUACACUCUGUAAUGUAUUCUUAAGAAGAUCUACCUUAUAGUAUCCUCCAAACAUUUGUUGAUAUGCCUGGGCAAUGGUUAGUUCUCUGGUCAAGGUUUUAGUUCUUUUUUUCUUCUUUAUUUUUUUACUAUUUCUUCCUUUCAAUGACAUGUCUGCAAUAUUGAUAACUUUAUCAUACUAACAAACAAUACAAUGUGUGAACAAUCAGUCUUUUACUUACAAAGGAGUCGCAGUGGCAAAAUGGCAAAACACCUGGCUUCCAAAAUAAAGGGUGAGGGUUUGAAUCUUGGAAUUACUAAUUUUGGGAUCUUUAUGACACCUCUAAGUCCACCCAGUUCUAUUGGAUACCUGACAUUAAUAGGGAAAAAGUAAAGGCUGUUCGUCAUUGUGCUGGCCACAUGACACCUUUGUUAAGUGUGGGCCACAGAGAAAGAUGAUCUUUACAUCAUAUCCCUAAAGAUCACAAGGUCUGAAAGGGGAACUUUACUUUUUACUUUACUUACAUACAUAUCUGAAAUAUAGUUUUUCAAAAAGUGGGCCCAAAAUUUGUGUGCACCUAUCUUUGAAGAAUUUUCAAAGCUAAAGAUGACCUUGUAGAAAUCCAAAACAGCUGUAGGCAUCCCUACAUAAUGUUAAACAUUUUACCAUGUAAAAAAUGUUUUUGCAAAGACAAAAUUAUUUUUUUUGAUGUAGUGCCGAGUAAAAGAACAUCCACAUUAUAUUUAAAAAAGUGCAGAUGUGCUCAGUCUGUCCAGUGAUGCCUCAUGAAAUUCUAACCCCAAUAUCACACAAGAAUCCCUGAACAUAACUCAGGGUAAUGUUUGCUGUAGAUUUAUCAAACAAGAUGUGGCAAGGGUCAUUAUUCAUCAAAUAAGGAUUUGACAGAUGUGGCUUUUUUAGUAUUCUAAUUAGUCACCCACUGAUGUUGCAGAACAUGCGCAACUUGCUAGUCUACUCCCUAGUCCAAACCUCCAGCAGGAUGAGGGUAUGAACCCAGCAUCAUCUAGAUGUCCAGUGAGCAUACCACAAGACCAGCCAACCAUUCAACAAGGUCCUUUUUCAACAAUGUCUUUCAAAUUAAAAGUAAAGCAAAGUCAUCCAUGAGACUGUUGAUACAUUUUCCAGUCAGAAGCAGCUAGUGGGCUUUUAAGGUUGCAGUUCAGUGUGGUGGUAACGUAGAGGAAAGGAAAUGUGUAUUUUGAAUGGAAAUGCUGUGAGUGAAUACAUUCAUGCAGCUUCAUUUCUUCACUUGGAUUGACCAUACUUUUGUCUUCAACAUCUUGAUGAAUCAGGUAACAUCACCAGUCAGAAACACACAUGAAAAUGCUAGGAGACUUAGACUGAUGUCAAUGGGAACCUAAUGGUUAGUAUUUCUGUGUAUGCUUCUUUAGGUAUAUGAAAUGUGUGCACACUCUGUAGAACUAAGAAAAAAAGAAAUGUUGUAUGAAAUCACACUACCAUACACACAGCCAAAAACAAAAAAAAGGGGGGGGGGGGAGGAUUACCUGGUGCAUUCUCUGCAUCCAAAAGAAAACUAUCAGCUCUAUGUAAUGUUGAAACCAGCCAUGCAUACAGAAUUUCAUACAAAUACC